UGAAUGUCCCACUCAACAUCCAAAAUCUUUCCGGAAAAAGAACAAGUGACGAUCCGGAUCUAGAAGGAGCUCAACUGGUGUGUAGCUUCGUGGGGCCAUCAUCCACGGAGAAACCUUUAGCUGGGAAUGAUUCGAUGAUGUUGCAAUCAUCACAGGAAUUGUUUGUGGGUAGUACGAGGGCUCGUGGCCACCAUCGGCACUGUCCUCGAGGCAAGGUUCCCUGUGCAGAUGGCAUUCAGUGUGUUCUGAGUUCACAUUUGUGUGACUCGCGGGUGGACUGUUUCGAUGGAAGUGACGAAUCGCACUGCUCGUGUUUGUCACGGUUGGCGGGCAAACGGCGCUGUGAUGGUUACGUAGACUGCCCUCUCGCGGAAGAUGAGAUGGGCUGCUUCGGAUGUGACAAGUUCUCGUUCUCGUGUUUCAAUACGUUUUUUGAGUAUCAGGCUUCGCAUCAUUCCGAGACAAGGUGCUUUACGUUGAUCGAGAAGUGUGAUGGCUUCAACAACUGCAUGAAUCGGAAGGACGAACAGGAUUGUACGAUGUUGGUACGAGACUUGAGAAGUCCCCUGGCGUUUGCGGUUGGCCAUUCAGUGGGUGUCCUGCAUCGGAACUACAAGGGUAAGUGGUAUCCGGUUUGUCACAAUCCGUUGAAUCUGGCACGAGAGGCUUGUGAAGCAGAACUUGGACCAGCGGAUCGCGAUCCGGUGAUUCUGCAGCACCAUGGAGAUCUACCGGGACCAUUCAUUCAACCAAGUCCACGAAGUCAUCACGUGUUCCAACCGGAGUUCACCGAUACCUGUAACGGGUUGAUAAACUAUGUUAAGUGUCCGGCACCGAAGUGUGGAUCCAGCAAGCAGAACGAGAUGGAAAAUCUUCGUAUUAAAAUCCGUGGAAAGAGAAAUGCUACAGAGUUAGUGCAGAUCGUUGGCGGAACGAAAGCUGAACCGGCUGCUUACCCAUUCAUUGUGGGAAUCUUCAGAGACGGGAAAUUCCAUUGCGGUGGUAGCAUCUUCAAUGAACAUUGGAUCGUAACGGCAGCUCACUGUUGUGACAACUUCCCAAGGCACCAUUACGAGCUGCGAGCGGGUCUUCUCCGUAGACGUAGCUUCUCUCCUCAGGUGCAGGUUUCAACGGUAACUCAUGUGUUCAUACACCGAGGAUACAGCGCGCAAAAGAUGAUCAACGACAUCAGUCUGAUGCAUUCGGACAGACCAUUCCAGUACAACCGAUGGGUAAGGCCGAUCUGUCUACCCGACCGACACAUGACUACCAACGAUCGGGAUUGGAUUUGGGGUCCGAAACCGGGAACGAUGUGUACGGCUGUUGGUUGGGGAGCACUCAGAGAGCAUGGUGGAUCACCUGAUCAUUUGAUGCAGGUUACGGUCCCAAUUCUACCGUUCUGCAAACAUAAAAAUGAUCGCGAUGGACUCGCUAUUUGUGCUGCCGAAAUGAGUGGAGGUCACGACGCCUGUCAAGGUGACUCGGGAGGUCCAUUUGCCUGCAUUAGUGUCUCCAGUCCACAUGAGUGGUAUCUGGCGGGAGUGGUAAGCCAUGGAGAGGGCUGCGCUAGACCAAACGAGCCUGGCGUCUAUACGAGAGUUGCACUGUUCAACGACUGGAUCCAAAGGAAAACUAGGGAAGUGCUUACUUCGUCCUCUACGCGUCAGGAUUGUCCCGGCUUCCAGUGCUCAGUUGGGGUAUCGUUCUGCAUACCAAGGCAGAAGCGGUGCAACGGGAAGGUAGAUUGUCUUGGCGGAGAAGAUGAACUAAGCUGUUCGCUGGAUCAACUGCUAGCUGAAUCGAUACAGGAAACAACCAUAGCGACGACACCAAAGAAUAGUACUGCGACAAGUUCAACAACUGCUGCAGCUACUACAGAAGCUGUCACUUCGAAGAUCGAUUUCCUCGCGGAGAAUUCUGAAGCAUCGGAUCCUGCUACUACCGUGACGGAAGCAUCAAGCACUGAAACUGCUACUAUUGAAACAAUGUCGGCAACUUUAGAGACAGUAUCUGCGAAAGAUUUGAGUGAUGAUAUUGCUCAAAUAUCCACUGCGGCAACUACAGUAGAACCGAAUACUACCUUAGAUAUGACUGUCAGCAGCUCAACGCAAAGUGUUUCAACUUCUCCGGAAAAAGUUGAAGAAUCAACAAUGGAUGAAAGCACGUCAUCCACAACUGAAACAAGCUUCACACAUCCAACAACGAUGAACUCCGAAACUACAACUAACAAUGCAACCACUCUCAUUUCGGAAACUACCUUGCCAUCUCUGUCAACAAAAGAAGACAACGCUACUUCAGUGGACUACAGUGCCACGAUAUCUACUGAUCAAACAACACAUACACCUUGCACAACAUCCCCUGCCGCUGAUUCCUUAGACGACUCAUCUUCUGCUCAUUCCUCACCGGCAAACGAUUCAGAACCCAGCACAGAAAGUAGCGUACAUGCAACGACAGAAUUCACCACGACAGUUAUAGAACUGACCUCGGUAGAAUCUACUACCAAUAUCGAAGCAACAUCCUUAGCGGAUCCCUCAAAUGCGUCAAUCACAACGCUACCCUCCGAUUUGGUCGAAGAAACUUCAUCCUCGUCAACAACCCCGACCACUCCAGACUCUACCUCAUCAACUCAACCUGAUUCCUCCCACAGCAGCACCUCAAGCGCUCCUUGGAUGCAGAUUAACGAAGCUAUCGCAAAUUUGAAACCUCGUCCACCUAGUUUGGAUCGCGAUAUGGAGAUGCGUCAACUGGAAUUGGGCGACAGCGUCGCAGCGACUCGAACAGACAACGCUACGUCGACAACUAUCUCUACAGCUUCCAGUGGUACAACCGAUUUCACCAGUUCUACACCGAUGUCAACCACCACGGUGGAAAGUUCCAGCACGACCCACGGCGAUCUGGAACACAGCGAAACUCAAAUCGAGCCCGUUGAAGCCGAAGCGACCAAUGCUUCUGUGGAGGAGCAUCCAUUUUUGCGCGAAAUUCACAAUCUGGUGGAGGAGAAAACCCGUCGGUUGAACCAGUUCCGGUUGUCCAUGCACUACCUGCACACAUCGCUGAGGAACCAAACGCAGGACGCGAACGAAACUUCCUACCAAUACCGGCGGUUCAAGUGUUCCAAAAUCCGACAAUCGAUCAACGUUGCGCACCAUUGCGAUCGGAUCAUCGACUGCGAAGACGGUACGGACGAAUUGCGGUGCACGUGUCGCGACUACCUGAAGGAUAAGUACGACUUCCUGAUCUGUGACGGCAAAACGGAUUGUUUGGAUUUGACCGAUGAAGCAGAUUGCUUUUCUUGCACGGCUGGACAGUAUCCUUGCCGAAUGAGCAAAGUCUGCAUCGACGAGAAGAAGCUGUGCGAUGCGGUUCCGGAUUGUCCUCUGCAUGAAGAUGAGCUGGAUUGUCUUGCCCUCACGGAUGGUCACAAGGUCUACUUUGAUGCGAACAACCUCUCGGAAUUCAAAUACGAAGGGCUGGUCACUAAGAACACUAACGGAACGUGGGAUCUGAUCUGUGGAGCGGAGAUCAAUAACAAAUCUGUGGAAUCGAUUGGAAAAAUCUGCUCUUUCUUGGGAUUUGCUGGGUACGAAAGCUACUAUCAAACCGUCCUAACACCACUGGUGAACGAAACGGUGGAUUUGGAUCAUCAGCCGCUGCUGAUCAUGUCGUAUCGCAAUAUCUCAUCGGAGCCAAACUGUAAGGCCCUCCAUAUAACCUGUGCGCCAUUCAUCAAUGCUACUGAACAUGAGAUCAGUCACUUCGAGAACCAACAUAAGGAACAACCAGUGCAAGUCAACAUUCGUCCAACACAUCCGAUACAGAAUAUCACCUCUCUAACGCACAUCACCUUCCAAGAAAACGCUCACAUCGAGUUCAUCGAGAACUUCGGCGAUGACUACGAUUGGCCAUGGAACGCCGACAUCUACCUGGAAGGAGUGUUCCUGUGCAGUGCGAUCAUCAUCGAGGUCAACUGGAUCGUGGUCGACAGUUCCUGCAUGAGGAUGAUCAAUCUGAAGAACGAUUACCUCUCCGUAGUGGCCGGUGGAGCCAAGUCAUAUCUGAAGAUCUCCGGACCAUACGAACAGGUUGUUCGCGUGGAUUGUUAUCACUUUUUGCCCGAGGCACGCGUUGUGAUGCUUCAUUUGGCGAAAAACUUGACCUUCACCAGGCAUGUUCUGCCGACAUUCAUUCCGGAAAAGAACUAUAACAUUACGGAUAACCAAUGCCUCGCCGUUGGUCAGGACAAGUAUGGAAGAACGCGUACGUUACGAGUCCACAUGAACAUGACGAAUUGCGAACCAGAGGACCAUAUCUGUUAUCAGCUAAAUCCAGAUAACGGCAUAUACCAUGCAGAUCACUGCUAUACCGAAAAUGCAUCACGUACUGGAGUCGUCGUUUGUAAGUCUAAGGUCUCGGGAUGGUAUCCAGUGGGCUUCUAUCAGAACAAGCACGGCCUUUGCGGGUUCAACGAAGUCGUCAAAAUGAUCUCCCUGAAGGAAUUCUACACUGACAUUCAACAUGUUUUGAGCCAUAAGAAAUGUGACUACGAAUUUCCUGAGCCGCUUUGCGAUGGAGUGAGGUGUUGGCAUGGGAAAUGUAUUGGCCAUUCUUUGGUUUGUGAUAACAAAAUGGACUGCGACGACAACUUUGACGAGCGUCCCGAAGCGUGCAAUGCCAUAAACGAUACGUCAACUGCCUGUCUACCGACGCAGUUCCGUUGCGGGAGCCAUCAAUGCGUUGAUAAGAGCAAGUUCUGUGACGGGCGAAACGAUUGCGGUGAUUUGUCGGAUGAGCCACACGAAUGCUCUUGCUACACUUAUCUCAAGGUAACCGAUCCAUCUAAGAUAUGCGAUGGCGUUCGCAACUGUUGGGACAAAUCUGAUGAGAAUCCACGACUGUGCAAGUGUGCAAAAACGAGCUUCAGAUGCGGCGACAGCGAAGUUUGUAUUCCUUACGAUCACGUCUGCGACGACGAGAUCGACUGCCCCGGAGAAGAAGACGAACGAUACUGCUAUGCUCUACAGCAGAAUCCAGCGGAGACCAACUACGGUGAAGUGAUGCAACAAAGCUACGGCAUCUGGCACUCAAAGUGCUUCCCUAAGGACGAUAAAUACGACGAGCAAACGAUCAAGGAAAUAUGUCAUCGCGUCGGAUACCAACAGGUCCGGAAGGUCUACGGCAGAAAGGUGCUUCCGGAGUCACGUCUGAGAACUUCCAAUCGGACACAUGAUCCCGUCGAUAGGUUACGCGGCGCAGCAACCAAGGCAGUUGCGUUCAACAAAUUCUUCAAAGUGAAUAUCAACGAAAAACAAGCGAUCUUCAUGAAACCCAGUAGGCCGUUGUACACUCUGGUCAACUGGGAUGCCGAAGACGAGCAGAAGUGCGAUCGGUUAGAGAUCAACUGUGGAGAUUAAUUUUUGAAAUAAAUUAUUUGUAAACCGCAA